AAUUUCUCAAAGUAAACCCACUCAAUCUGGUAUUCUCUACGUUACGUGAAAGGGGGUUGUGACAUCGCACAUCAGAUUCGUGAGAACAAAAAACGUCGAUACAUACUGUAAUACUAAAUGUAACUCGAGGUUACAGAGGACAGUUGAGGAUCCCUGGUUAUCUUUGAUAUCAUGAUUUCUUCCUGACUGUCAUCAUUGUCGUCGUUACAUAUCAGUGUCUCCUUCACAUCAACCCCCACCAAAUUUACAGCUGAUGCGAUAACCGCGUUAACAAAAUAAAUUAUUGUAAUGCUACAGGCUACGUUGUGUUAACGUUCAGUUUAAGAAAAAGUUUUACUAUACGAGCGUGAGCAACAUUCAGUGAUAAAACAAAAACUCUUGCCAGUGUAAGUGUGCGUACAUCCACUUAAACCUUGACAAUUUAUACUCUUUAUUAUUAUUAUUAUUAUUAUUUGAAAACUCUUGUAUGAAAUUUAAACAAAGGGAAAUGCAUUAAGUUUAUUUUAAAUUUAAACUCUCUUAAAUAAAUGUCUUUCCCUUUCACUGCCUCAUGAUAAUUCACCAAGAACUCAAGUGCAUUUUUUAGUUUUAUAUUUUUUUCGUUUUAAAAUUAAUAAGAAAAACUUGCAGGACGAGGUUUUAAAUAUAAAAAACCAGGUGAUUAAAUUGUUAAUGAUAAAUAUUGAUUAAUUUGUCAGAUAUUUGUUUUAAAAAAAACCGUACGUUGGCAUGGUAUACUUGAAGAGUGCUUGGGGUAUGGGAGAGACUGAUCCUAAGUGUUUAAGCACCAACUUAUCCCCGAUUUCAUCCUCAACGUCUUCAUCAGCGACUGCAUAUCGUCAAGACCAUGAUGAAGAAGUUGCACUUCACCCACUCAAUAAUCAGGUUGGAGGACACACUCGUCUAUUACUCCUCAAUCAAAAUACAAUUUGCAAGCCAUUGAACAAAAGAGAGCUGGACUUUUACCGAAACAUUCCCCAGGAUAUACAAAUGUUUGUUCCUAAAUUCAAAGGUGUAAUUCAGGCCUCCAGUAGUUGCGGUGAAGUUGAGAAGAGAUACAGCCCAAGUUUCAGAGAUCCUGAAAAUUCGCCUCAUCAUCAGGCUCAAGUAGGAAAGGGUUCGACAAAACGAAAGCGAGAUGACGUUCUCAGAAUGAAAAUUCAUCGUAAAAAUAGUACAGUCGAUGUACUGAAACCUGAAUCACAUUUGGACAAUGCGUCAAAUAAACAAUAUUUUUUAUUAUUGGAGAAUAUAACUGGUCGUUAUACACAUCCUUGUAUAUUGGAUUUAAAAAUGGGAACAAGACAACAUGGAGAUGAUGCUUCUGCUGAAAAACGUAGCAAACAAAUAGCCAAGUGUGCUGCAAGUACAUCUGCUUCUUUAGGCGUGAGGUUGUGUGGCAUGCAGGUUUAUCAGGCAGAUAUUGAUCAGUAUGUGAAAAGAGAUAAGUACUGGGGCCGUGAGCUGAACGAGGAGGGUUUCAAAGCCGCACUGUAUCGCUUCUUCCACAAUGGCUACUGCCUUAGAAUUCACGUGAUCCAACGGGUAAUUGCCCGGCUGGAAAGUCUUCGUCGAGCUAUCGAGAGACAGAGCAGCUAUCGUUUCUAUUCUUGCUCCCUGUUAGUCGUUUACGAGGGAUUUCAAAUGGAAGAUUACUCGAGUCGAUCAAGAAGUCCGCUGACAACACUCGGGGUUGAAGAAGAGUCUAACGAAUCCUCAAGUUUCGUUGAAAAUCUUACCCACGAUUCCGACAGUUUCCUCGACGGCAAUCACAGCAAUGCCUCGACGGAUUUCAACCUCGGUCACGAGGAAGUUAAUCAGUCGACCUUGCAUCGGGCUUUCGGUGAAGCCGCAGCACGCGGAGCCAAACAUGCUACUGGUUUUUAUCCAAUAAAUGAAGAAACCGUUUUCAUGGAUCCCCCGUCGAAUUUAAUAAACGCGACUGUGGUGCCAAGUCAGGACUACGACAGCUGGACAUUCACUGCCGCGGAAAGUAACAUGAGUAGUCAUGACGUCAACACAUCUAGCAGCAGCAGUAGCAGCAGUGAUAGCGAUAACGAGUACUGCUGCGUUGGUCAGCACACGAUAACGAAUUCCGAUGACAUCAGCUCGGAUUUAGACCUGGGUGGGAAAUGUUCGCUGAAAAGAACGCGACCAGGUCACAGGCUGGGGAUUUAUCAAGCUCAGGACCAUCAUGAUGAAGAGGAAGAGCUCAAAAGUGCGACCAAGAGAUUAAGAAUAAAACAUGAUAACAAAAACCAACCUGAUGAUGCGCUAGUUGACAUCAGAAUGAUUGAUUUUGCCCACACGACCUUUGAACAUAAAAUAGCAUCAAGUUCAGUAGCAUGUCAUUCAAAUUCAACAGUGCAUCAAGGACCAGACUGCGGAUUCCUGACUGGUCUCGAUAGUCUCCGGCGAUUAUUAUUGGAAAUAGUGGCCGAAGGUUAAUAAUCAAACAACUUUGUUUUAAUAAUAUUUUUAGUUUCAUGAGCCAUGAAAGGACAUGAUAAAGUUAUCUCUGUGAAAGAUAAACAAAGGAAAAAAGAUAAAUAAAAUAAAUGAAUAAAUUUAAUGAACGAAUAAAAUAUAAACGUGCUAAGACGGAUGUUAGGCCGCGUGAGUCAUCUAAUUGCUGGCUCGGUGCCACGUACCGAUGAAGCUCCGGUUGGUCGCUCGGAUGCUCGGGUAUUAAAAGAUUAUUAGAUGAAUCAUUUAAACCGAUCUUACAAUUGCACAUGUCUGCAAUAAAGUGGAUUAUUCCUGAAUUUUAUCUCUGCUGUGUGGGACACGUGUAAGUAUUCCAUGAGAACAAGCUAUUGAUGCAUCCAUUUAUUUAUUAUUACUAUUAUAAUUAUCAUUUUAUUUUCUUAGUAUAAAAAAGUAAUAAAUACUCUAGCAGAUCCGGAUUAUAGUAAAUUCCUGUUCUUUACAGUAAGUUCAUGUAUUUUACAGUAAAUUUCGGUACUGUCACGAUAAUUUAUCGUAAAAUUGCGGCGUUUUAUCACGAACGUGCGGAUUUUCUGAAAAAUUUUCAGUACUUUGCCGUAGGGUCAUAUUUUGUUUAUGGUAAAUUACCGGAAAUUACUAUAAAUUACCGCAAAUGUGACAAAUUUCUCAUAGCAAUGCAGUAAUUUCCGGCAAUUUACCAUAAAUGCAGCAGAUUUGCUGUUGGAAUUCGGAAUUUUGCGGGAAAUUACGGUAAUUUACUGUAAUUCGGAUCUACUAGGAAUAGAUAUUUGAAUUAUAAAUUAAGAAAAAAUGUGAAAAAAAAUUAACCGUACUCUAAAUGUGAUAAGUUACGUAAAUAAACGUAAAUAAUUCACGAGCCUAUCUAGUAGAUGUUCGAUCGUUGAUAAUUAUAUUGAAUAGUUAUUUUGACUUGUAACAAUCAAGAUGUAUAUAUUGUAAAAAUCUAAAGUAAAGGAUCAGAAAAUGAAUGAAUGGAAGAAAGAAAGAAAUGAACAAUGAGAAUUAUGAUUUAAAAGGUUUAAAAAUGUGCACUGGUCUGAUGGCAAUAAUAUUUUCUUUAGACCGAUAAAUAUUAUUAGGAUUCAUUGAAUAAAGUGAAUUAUUGAUAAUUGAUAAUUAUUAUUUUUAUUAUAGCGAAUGUGUUGUAUUCGAUAAAAUAUAAUAUUUAUUGUGUGCGGACAAAGUGGAUAAGGAGGGUAAAAUAAAAGAAAUAGUAUACUGUGUGGCAAGAAUUAAACAAGACGAUUUCAGACGGAAGGUUGCUGCCAUCGCACGAAAUCAAGUCGUGUUUUAUUCCGCUGCGCACUAUAUUUUUUAUAAUUACUUGCAUUGACAUCUGCUGUUUUCAUUUCUGGAUCCUGUUUAAGUGAGAUAAUUAAAGACCGAUUACACUAAGAUUUAAAUUAUCUGAUUGAAAAUUUUAAAGUCAACUGAUUAUUUAUUGCAUUGGUCAAUUUUUUUUUUUACUGUAUAAACAGGUAUUGAAACUCGUAAUUUUAAAAAACUCGGACAGUAGCCCGCGGUUUUUAAAAAUAUUCAAAUGAUGAACUGUUAAUUAAUUAAAAAAUUGAAGCAUUAAUUGAAAGUUUACAAAUGAAUUUUUUCAAAAAUUACUGCCAUUGUUAUCAAUUAGAAGUUAAAAUAAAUUACAGUAAAAUUUCCAUGUCAAAAAAUUAUUGAAAUUAAAAAAAUUUUUUUUAAAAUUGAAGAAUUAAUUGAAGAUUUCAAAAUUAAUUUUUCAAAAAUUACUACAAAUGUCAUCAAUUAGACGUAAAAAAAAUUUUCAUGUUGAGAAAUUUUUGAAAUUUUAAAUUUAGCGGGCUAAAAUUUACUUUUCAAAUUUCAUUAAACUCCUAAUUGAUAACAAUUGUCAGUAAUUUUUUAAAAAUCUAUUUCGGCAAAAAUGUAACCCUGUUCUCUUCUUAAUUAAUUCGUUAAUUGUUUUCAAAGUAAUUAAUUAACAAAUUUGCAUACGGUCAUGACGAAGUAAUUUAGUAUUUUUAAAAAGCGCGGGCUUCUGUUUUUAAAAAGCCCUCAAAUGCGAGUAAUAGUAUAUUACGCACCUAGGGAGGUAAAGUAAGAAAUGUCUCGGAUUACAUGUGAUCUGAGACAUUUCUUACUUUACUUUCCUAGGUGUGUAAUAUACUAUUUAUCAUCCGCAACUUUUUUCCCGCCAAACAGAACAGAAAUUUGAAAUGUCCAAUCAGAUGAGUGGAAGCAAUGCGUAGUCAGUUACAAAAAUAAACUAAAAAAUUUUUUUAUUGAAACUAGGCCAGCACAUUUAACAAAUAAUAAUAAUAAUUAUUAUUUUUGGUGUUCUAUGUAAAAAAAUAAAUAAAUAAUUUAGUUCCUACAACAAUCGCUCAUGAGAAAAAAAACUACUUAAAUUAUUAAUGAUUAAAAAUUACCAAAAAUUAUUAGCAAUAAGAUUACGAUUAUCAAAAAUUAUUUCUAAAAAUUAUUUUCCCAGUGAUAAUUUUAUCGUAAGGUUACUGAUUAUUGUAAAUAAUUAUAAAUAAUCGAUUUUAAUAAAUUGACUAUUUAUUUUAUAAAUAUUGAUCUUCCAAUAAAAAUUUUCAUGUAUAAAAUUAAUAAAUUUCUAAUGGUAACAAGUAGUUUUUUUUUCCAUGGGUAUCAUCAAAUCUUGGUACAAAUAUAAUAUAUAUGUAUAUUUAUUAUUUAUAUAUUAUAUUAAUAGUAAAAGUGUUUAAAUUAAUAAAAAUGUAAUUUUUUUAAUUUAAAUGAUAGCGAAAAAUCAGAGUAUUAUUUUGAUAUUCGAUUAUUUAUAUAAUAAAUAAUGAAAUAAUUAAAAAGUGUAUACAUGUUAAUUAAGGUAAUGAUUUAAAAUAAAGCGUGCGUCCGAAUAAAAUAUUAAAUAUUCCAUUAGACAUUAUAAUGUUGUCAAUAAAAUGUUUCUUUGUCCGUACAAUAAAAAUUUAAUUCCGUACUUUAAU